UGACAAAGGCGGAUACCAACAGGUCCUCUCUGACACAAAGCGCCGAGGGGCUGAGGGAGGCGGGCGAGACGAGGGGUGCAUCUUAACCUGAGACGUCCCUCACACAAGUGAAAGCUAAUUGAAUGUGCCAAGAAGAGCAGAUGGGUUGGUGAGAGGAGAAUAAAGGAACAAAAAGUUGCUGCAAAACAGGAGUAUAAUUAUGUUUGUAACAGGAACCUUCUUGGCUGGCUCUCAGUGAAGUUGAAUUGGUAUGGCUUUAAUUGAAUCAACUAGCUCUUUUCUUGUGCCGCACUUAUGAGGCCAGAGCAGCCAAAUGGCUUGAUGACAACGUAAUGGCAGAAGAAUUGAAUGAGCGACGCUGCCAGAGGGGAGAGAAAACCCAAUGCAGAACAUUUACAGGAAGUGCCACCCAUUGUUUGAAGAUAUUCAGGUUUUUGGUGAACAAUCAGUGUGAGGCUGACAUAGAAGGUCUCGACCUGAUUGCUGUUAAAGUUAAGGAUGCAGAGGAGAGAUUGAGAAAUGCAUUCCUUCUAAAGAAUCUGGACAGAGACAAUAGAACAGAGCAUAGGCACUUGGGGAACAGAAGGGUGACACAGAGGGCAGCUCUCACCCACAACAACUCUCCUCCUUUGAAAACAAAAACCCCAACCUGUUACUGCUUCAGCCUGUCUGUGGGAGGGGAUGCUCGUAAUAAACGUCCCAGCCCCCUCGUUAGGCAUCACGAGGUUGGAGGGAAGAUUAGCAGGAUUAAGACUGGCUCACAUAUGCUGCUCUUCACUAUUGGCAUUCAACACAACACAAGCCCAACUGCCACCCAGACGGGGAGAGAAAGAGAAAGACAGGGUUUUAGGUCCCCCACCCACUGGAGCUCAUUGGUUCUUGAUGGGCUGUCGGAAAAGCGUUGACAUUGUCCCGGUGUCUUGGCCCGGUUGGUGGGGAGGAGGGACCUACUAUAAAAUACCCCUCGUCACUCCCGGGCGUGCCAAACACAAACAGUGCACGAGUGAACUGGAAUAACGAGUAAAUUCUGCAAAGUCACACACCAGCACGCGCUUGCACCUGCUACCGGAAUAUUGACAUCUGCGAGAAUCUGAGAGCGCACUGAACAUCAUGGACUCCGACACGAGCCGAGUGUCCAGUAGACCUUCUUCUCCUGAAGGCGAUGAUCUCUUCCUGUCCUCUGUCAAGAAGUCCGUGGGUUUCUCCGGUGCCGUCUCCUCCACGCAGAGCGAUUCUCCUCCGGAGUUAAGAGGUACAGACCUGCGGGGCCUCUCCAGCGCCGACGAGGACGCAGUGUCUCUGAAGAUGCUCUCCAAAAAGGACCGUAAACUUCUAUCCGAGACUGAGCUGCAGAGCAUGCGCCUCAAGAUCAACAGCCGCGAGAGAAAACGCAUGCACGACCUCAACAUCGCCAUGGACGGGCUCCGGGAAGUCAUGCCCUAUGCCCAUGGGCCAUCCGUGCGCAAGCUCUCCAAAAUAGCCACCCUACUGCUGGCACGCAACUACAUCCUCAUGCUGAGCAACUCGCUGGAGGAGAUGAAACGGCUCGUAAGCGAGAUCUACGGAGGAGGGAGCGGGGCUCAUCACACCACCUUCCACCCGUCCAGUUGUGGCACCCUUACGCACGCGGCGGGCGCUCCAUUACCGGGUCAUCCCGCUGCUGUCUCGCAUUCGUCUCACCCGGUGCACCAUCCUCUGCUUCCACCAGUAGUGUCCACUGCCGUAUCUCUCUCCGGACCGGGUCUCUCAGCCGUCAGGCCGCAUCACGGACUCAUCAAGGCACCAACAGCCAGUGCUGGCACACUUGGCGCUGGUUUCCAGCACUGGGGUGCGGGGAUCCCAUGUCCGUGCAGCAUGUGCCAGGUUCCUCCGCCUCACGUGUCCGGUAUGAGCACCGUCAGCAUGCCACGACUGACAAGUGACUCAAAAUGAAGUACUGAACUUUGAUAGAAGAACUUUGAUACGGAACCAUAGACUGUAUAUAAAAGCUGUAUUACCGUGUUGAUCAGUUUAUUGCUGAACAAUUUGUUUUCGGAAAGCACUAAUAGUUCUGAAGCGAAGAAAAUGGAUCAAAGCCACUAACAUAGAGUUUUCUAACACUUUAGAGUUAUUAGGGGUUACUAUCCAUGUGCAUUUAUGUGUAUAAAGUUUGUGAAAAUGGCAUACCUUACUCUUUUUAGCCUUCAAACACGGGACUGCUAUUUACAAAAGAAGUUUAAUGCGAAACAGAUUCAUAGCUUAAUUAAGAAUAAAUUCAAACUUACAGUUCAUGCUGCAGUUAAAGAUUGCUAAAUAGUUUAAUGGGCCAUUAUUAUUAGACGAAAUUAUACAUUAAAAAGUCCUAUAGCUUUGAAAAAACAUAAUGGGACUGUACUGUGUAAAUAUGUCAAUAGCGUUUGUACAGUUUGAGAGAUUUAUAUUACCUUCUCCAGUUUAUGUUUGGGGUCAGAAUUCAUUUGCCAAGCGCUGUCUGUAAUAAGAAUUAUGCACCUGUUCAUUCCUACACCCCCCCCCCACCCCCGUCUGUCUUUAUCUCUCCCUCUCUCUCCCUUCAUUUUUCCGGCUUUCCAUUUUUGUUAUUUUUUACCUCUUCUUUCUGCAUAAGCUUACCCUUCAUGGCCGAUGCGAAGAAUGAUCAACUUUUAUUUUUUUAUAAUAAAGUGUAAAAGGAUAUUUAUUUACUUAUUUUGAUGGUAUUUUCAAAUGAAUGUACGGUGAAUGUUUGAAUCCUAGCUGUAAAAUAAAUGUUUUAAAAAGAUG